AUGUCGAAAGGUUUCGACAGAUUAGAGUGGCCUUUUUUACUGUCCAUUUUAUCUCGUCUUGGUUUUCAUGCUGAUUGGAUUAAAAUGAUAGAGCAGUGCAUUUCCACUACAAAUAUCUCCUUGUUGAUUAAUGGAUCUCCUAGUGCCACUUUUGCUCCUUCAAGAGGUGUUCGUCAGGAGGACCCCUUGUCCCCAUAUAUUUUUCUCUUUGUUAUGGAGUCUUUAUCUAGAUUUCUGCAACAACAUGUUGAUUUUGGUCAUCCAAGAGGUAUUCAAAUUAACAAACAUUGUCCUGCUAUUAACCAUCUGUUUUUUGCAGAUGACUGUUUGUUAUUUUUUCAAGCUUCUCCAACUCAUAUGCGGCAUCUUCAAUAUCUUCUUACUUCUUUUGGUCAAGCAUCAUGUCAAGUCAUCAACAUGCAAAAAUCAACAAUAUUCUUUAGUAAGCAUUCUCCUCCUGCUCAUAAGAACAACAUCAUUAAUAUUUUGCAAAUGAAAUGUAUGGGCCUUGGUGAAAAGUAUUUGGGAAUACCUCUUCUUAUGCACAGAUCAAGACAGAAAAAUUGUCAAGGUAUCUUAGAUAACAUGAAUUCUAGACUGCGGGGUUGGCAUAGUAAAUUGAUUCCUCAAGAAGGUAAAACAACUCAUCUUAAUUCUGUUCUUAGUACUAUGGGUAUGUAUCAGAUGCAAGUUUUCAAAUUACAUGAUACAACUAUUUCUCACAUGAAUAGGAUUCAGAGACAGUACUGGUGGCAUAAUUAUACUAAUCAUAAGUCUCCUCGUGUUAUUUCUUGGGACAAUGUCAGUUUGCCUAAAAAGCUUGGGGGCCUAGGUUUAAAGAAUCUUAAGAACUAUAACUCAGUUUUUUUGGCGAAGUUAGCUUGGAAUCUGUUGCAUAACCAGGAUAUUUUAUGUGCUAGGAUUUUAAAAGGAAAGUAUUUUUCUUUUCAUGAUUUACGUUAUCAUCCUCCUCCUCUUGCAAAUAAUGGUAGUUGGAUUUGGCAGAGUAUUGUUCAUGGUCUUCAUAAUGUUCUUAAACAGGCAAAAUGGCAAAUUGGUAAUGGUACAACAAUCAACAUCUGGACACAUAACUGGAUUCCAGAUUUAAAUUCUCCUCUUCAAGACUGGUAUGAUCUUCAUCUCAGUAAUUAUCAGUGGGUUUCUCAGCUUAUUGAUACUUCUUCUUCACAGUGGAAUGUCCCUUUACUCAGACAAUUAUUUACUUCUUCUCAAGUUGAUUCGAUCCUUACAAUUCCAAUUCAGUUAGAUCAACAAGACUCUCUGGUAUGGCCUCUCACUGCUGCUGGUAUUUUCACAACUAAAUCUACUUAUCAUCAUCUUUGUGAAAGUCAACAUAGUGUUGCUGUCGCUACUACCUUGUCGACAAAAUUCUGGCUGAAGUUCUGGAAGUUGCACAUUCCUUAUAAGUUUCAACUAUUUCUCUGGAAGAUUUUUCAGAAUUACCUACCUGUCAAGACUAAGUUGUUUCAUCAGAAUAUACUUACAUCUUCAUAUUGUGUUCUCUACAACAACAAUCAGCUUGAAAGUGUGGAUCAUCUAAUGUAUCAUCGCCCUUUUAAUGCUGCCAUUUGUAGAUAUUUCAUUCCUCAGCUGUAUCAAGAUUUAAUCAUCCAUAGCAUUACAAAUUACUUGCAUUUCCAUCAUCUCACAUUAUCUAACAAUAUUGUCAUUCCUGUUAGAAAUAACCUUAUACUUGAUAUUUCUUGGCAGCCUCCUCCUCCUGCUUUUUUGAAGAUUAAUAUAGAUGCUUCAUUUCAUCCUAAUUUUAAUUUAGCUGAAAUUGGUAUCCUAAUUCGAGAUCAUGCAGGACGCUUUGUGGCAUCAAAAGGAGCCUUGAAGAGGACUCACAAUGCAUUUCAAGCAGAGGCAUGGGCUCUGGUUGAAGGUAUGAAUCUGGCUAUGUCCCAUGGAUGGCAUCAAGUUAUCUUUGAAUCAGAUAACUUAAAUAUGUGUAGGUUUGUUCAACAACAACAUCAUCCUCCUCCUUGGAGGAAUUUACCUCUUUUGAAGAGUUGUAUAAAUAUGUGUAAUAAUAGUUCUCUAGCUUGGUCUUGUAAUCAUGUUUAUAGGUGUUGUAUUAAAGCAGCUGAUGCUUUAGCAAAAGCUGUAAUAUCUGGAGUUGUUUGCUCGGAUCAUGUGUUGGAUGUACUGAAAGACAAGAAGAAAAUGAGAGUAUGGUUGAGAAGUAGCAGCAACGAUAAUGGAUCUAUGGGGUUGUCUGGUGCUGUAAUUUGUUUCGCAGGUAAUGGAUACCGAACAGAGAAUGGAAGGAGUCAUUACUUCAAAGCUUCAAAAAUUCAUAACGAUAUCUGUAACAGUAAUACUUGCGAGACAGCACGAUCGUGA